AUGAGGAAGUCCACAAUAGUCACCCUGAGCACCUCAAUCUCUCCAUCACUGCACUCGGACUGCGUGAGUGAGCCUGCAAUCCCUCUCGAAAACCAUGUCCUGACUAUCCGCAGGUCGCUCUAUCGGCGAUCUUUGAAGUUGUCUUUGGACUGGGCUGUCCAGCGCCAGGUGUGGCGCGGGCAAGCUGUCUAUAUUCGAUCUCUGUUCGAAGCCAACAAGGACGUUCGCGAUCCUCGCCAGCAACAGGUAUUGUUGCGCGAGACAGAGAAACUGCUUGAGAACUGGAAACACCCCGAUCCUUACCGGCCACCGACCGCCCCUGGAGGUAACAAGUGGGAGCGAAAUUUACCCGCUCGCAUUCUCCCUUAUGCGGCACCCCCAGCCGGACACUGA